CAGACAUGUCUGCUCAUCCAGUGUGUUGUGCUCGAAGUGGCUAACCAACAUGUUUUGCCAAUAGACGCAUAAAUAUUCCAUUCUGCUGCUAUUUUAUUCCACUGAAGGAUACUUUGCAUUGUUGUGUAUUAAAUGCGUGACACCUGAAGAAAAACAUGACGUCCAUUAUCAAGUUAACAGCCGUGUCAGGGGUCCAUGAGGAGUCCGCCCUGUGUUACCUGCUGCAGGUGGAUGAGUUCCGCUUCCUGCUGGACUGCGGCUGGGACGAGAACUUCUCCAUGGACGUCAUCGAUGCCAUGAAGCGAUACGUUCAUCAGGUGGAUGCAGUUCUUCUUUCCCACCCUGACCCCAUACACCUGGGAGCCCUGCCUUAUGCUGUGGGCAAAUUAGGUUUAAACUGUACAAUCUAUGCCACGAUUCCUGUCUACAAGAUGGGGCAGAUGUUCAUGUAUGAUUUAUACCAGUCUCGAAACAACAGUGAAGAUUUCAAACUCUUCACGCUCGAUGAUGUGGACAGUGCUUUUGAUAAAAUCCAGCAGCUGAAAUACUCUCAGAUUGUCAAUUUGAAAGGAAAAGGGCACGGCCUUUCCAUCACUCCCCUUCCAGCUGGACAUAUGAUUGGCGGCACCAUUUGGAAAAUUGUCAAGGAUGGCGAGGAGGAGAUUAUAUAUGCUGUGGACUUCAACCACAAAAGAGAAAUUCACCUCAACGGCUGCAUUUUGGAGAGCAUUAGUCGUCCAUCCUUACUUAUUACUGAUUCCUUCAAUGCCACAUAUGUGCAGCCACGUCGCAAACAAAGAGAUGAGCAGCUGCUGACCAAUGUAAUGGAGACCCUGCGUGGUGAUGGAAACGUCCUUAUUGCCGUGGAUACGGCUGGGCGUGUACUGGAGUUGGCGCAGCUCCUGGACCAAAUUUGGAGAACAAAGGAUGCUGGGCUGGGGGCUUACCCGCUCGCUCUGCUCAACAACGUCAGCUACAACGUGGUUGAAUUUUCCAAGUCACAGGUGGAGUGGAUGAGUGACAAACUCAUGAGGUGCUUUGAGGACAAAAGAAACAAUCCCUUCCAGUUUCGACAUUUGACCUUGUGCCACAGUCUGGCGGACCUGUCCCGGGUUCCUAGUCCCAAAGUGGUUCUGUGCAGCCAGCCAGACCUUGAGUCUGGAUUUUCCAGAGAACUUUUUAUCCAGUGGUGUCAAAAUGGCAAGAAUUCCAUCAUCCUAACUUACCGCACAACACCUGGGACCUUGGGCCGCUACCUCAUCGACAAUCCUGGAGAAAAGAUGCUGGAUCUGGAGGUCAGGAAGAGAGUGAAGCUGGAAGGCAAGGAACUGGAGGAAUAUCUCGAAAAGGACAAAAUCAAGAAAGAAGCUGCUAAAAAAAUGGAACAAGCAAAAGAGGUGGAUGUGGAUUCCAGUGAUGAGAGCGACAUAGACGACGAUCUGGAUCAGCCAGCUGUGGUGAAAACCAAGCAUCACGACUUGAUGAUGAAGGGAGAGGGCAGCCGCAAAGGCAGCUUCUUCAAACAAGCCAAAAAGUCAUAUCCCAUGUUCCCCACACACGAGGAGAGAAUCAAAUGGGACGAGUACGGAGAAGUAAUCAGGCUCGAGGACUUUCUGGUUCCUGAACUGCAAGCCACUGAAGAUGAGAAGAGUAAACUGGAAGCUGGGUUGACCAACGGAGAUGAACCCAUGGACCAGGAUCUGUCUGUACUCCCCACCAAAUGCAUUUCAAGUGUAGAAAGUCUGGAAAUAAAAGCAAGGAUAAUGUACAUAGACUAUGAAGGUCGCUCUGAUGGCGACUCCAUAAAGAAGAUUAUUAAUCAGAUGAAACCCAGGCAGCUUGUAGUGGUCCAUGGCCCACCUGAAGCCAGUCUGGACUUGGCUGAAUCCUGCAAAGCUUUCAGCAAAGACAUUAAAGUCUACACACCCAAACUGCAGGAAACUAUUGACGCCACCAGUGAGACACAUAUCUACCAGGUGCGGCUGAAAGACUCGUUGGUGAGCUCUCUGCAGUUCUGCAAGGCCAAAGACACGGAGCUCGCCUGGAUUGACGGUGUGCUCGACAUGCGCGUAGUGAAGGUGGAUACCGGCGUGAUGCUGGAGGAGGGUGUGAAAGACGAGGAGGAAGACGGCGAAGUGCCCAUGGAGGUGGCUCCCGAUCUUGGCAUCGACCACAGCGCCACAGCGGUGGCAGCACAGCGCGCCAUGAAGAAUCUGUUCGGAGAAGAUGAGAAGGAGGUGUCCGAUGAGAGCGAUGUCACUCCCACGCUGGAGCCACUGCCUUCAAAUGAGAUUACGGGGCAUCAGGCCGUGUUCAUCAACGAGCCUCGGCUGUCGGACUUCAAGCAGGUCUUGCUGAGAGAGGGAAUCCAGGCCGAGUUUGUGGGAGGAGUGCUGGUGUGCAACAACUUGGUGGCCGUCCGCAGGACGGAGGCUGGACGCAUCGGUCUGGAAGGCUGCCUGUGUGAUGACUACUAUAAGAUCCGCGAGCUGCUGUAUCAGCAGUACGCUGUUGUAUAGCAGCAGCAGCAGCAGCAGACGACAAUGCAGAGCACACCACAGCUACACAGAGACAGUUUUUUACAAGGAGACAAACUUUACCCAGGAGAAAGAGUGUGCCUCUGCCCCAGCUGUUCCACCGCCACCUCUGUACAUUUUCCCUUUUUUCCACGCAACGUUUUUUAAUUGUUAGUUUACCCUCCGUAAAGUGAAAGGCAGCUGCUUCACCUGAGCAGACCUCCCCCAUGUGAGCAGACGACAUCCAUGAGGUUCUCAUUUCUGAAAGUCCCACUCGUAUGGCUGUAUUGUUUAGGAAUGCCUUUUGCCCUUCCUUAUGUCAUUAAAACCUUUUUUUUUUU